UCAACGAGCGGUAACGGCCGCUCCUUCGCGGUACAAGCACAAGGAUGAAAGCGGUUAUAUUGUUCUUGGCGGCGGCGUGCCUGACCCAGGCCGUCCAGGUGCCCACCCACACCGCUGACAAGGCGUACCUGAUCAAGCAGAAGAGUAUCUACGAACUUUUCUGGCACGUCGACCAGCCGACAGUCUAUCAUCCUGAACUCUACCAGAAAGCCCGGUCCUUCAGCCUUGAAGACAACAAAGGAUCUUUCACGGAUCAGACCGCAGUGACAGAAUUCCUUCAGCGAUGGAAGCACGGAAUGCUCCCGCGGGGAGAAGUAUUCUCCGCGAUGAAUCAUCAACAUCACAACGAAGCACUCUGCUUCUUCCGUGUCCUGUAUUCCGCCAAGGACUUUGACACCUUCUACAACACCGCCGUGUGGGCGCGAUUCCACGUGAACGAACCAAUGUACGUCCACGUGUUGAGCGCCGUCGUGCUGCACCGCCCGGACACCAAGUACAUCCGUUUGCCCCCGUUUUACGAAACGAUGCCUCACUUGUUCUUCAACGAGGAGGUCUUACAUAAGGCUUACCACAUCGCCAUGGGGGACACCAACACAGGCAUCAAGAAAACGAUCGGUGGCGUAGACCACUAUUAUAUUCCCUCCAACUAUAGCGGUUGGUACGUGGUCAGAGACCAGGUACCAGAGCAACAGAAGCUAAGUUACUUCACCGAGGACGUCGGCUUGAAUGCUUUCUACUCUGUAAUGUCCUACGACUUCCCGACUUGGAUGAACAGCGCUCGAUACCACCUGCCGCAAAAUAUCCGCGGUGAAUUAUAUAUGUUCAUCCAUAAGCAGUUGAUUACCCGUUUCUAUAUGGAGAGUCUGUCAAACGAUGUAGGAGAGAUCAAGUAUGUCGAUGUACACAGACCUAUUGUCGGUUACUAUCCGACGAUGCAUCAUCACAAUGGACUGUCGUUCCCACAACGUCCCGUUGGCUUCAGGGUUCCUGUUCAUGCGCACAGGGAUGUUCAGGCCUUGGAAGAUUUCCACACUCGUAUCUCCGACGCUAUCGAUAGUGGUUACGUCGUUGACGUAAACGGUAAAAGAAUCAACAUCUACGAUACCGUGGACGGUAUCAACUAUCUUGGUAAUGUGAUCCAAGGCAAUGCCGAUUCCGUCAAUCCUAAGUACUACGGAUACGUGGAUUACUUGUACAGAAGGAUUCUGGGCAUGAGCAUGGUACCCACCACGGAGUACAGCGUGGUUCCUACCGCUCUGGACUACUACGCUACCAGCAUGAGAGAUCCCGCGUUCUACGGAAUGUAUAAGAACAUCGUCACCUAUUGGAUGAGAUAUAAGCAACACUUGCCCAGCUACAGGCAUGAAGAACUCGUCUUCCCUGGUGUGACAGUCGAGUCCGUUACUGUUGACAAAUUGAUGACCUUCUUCGACUACUUUGAGUCGUUGAUUAACAAUGCCGUGUCGGUGCGCAGUCAUAAGGAAGCUCAAUCAAUGCUGAUCAAGGCGCGUCAAUAUCGUCUCAAUCAUAAGCCCUUCACUUACCACAUCACGGUCAACAGUGACAGGAAUGUCAAGGCGGUCGUCCGCGUCUUCUUGGGACCGAAAUACGAUGUUCACGGUCACGAAGUAGAUAUGACCAAGAACUACAUGAACUUCAUGGAGAUGGAUCAGUGGACCGUUGACCUGAAACCUGGUACCAACAAGAUUGAACGUAACAGCUACGAGUCCAUCUACGUCGUUCCGGACGAAGUGCCAAGCGAAGUCCUGUACAAGAAGAUGGUGAAAGCUAUCGAGGGUGGCGAGACCUUCACCUAUCCGACUAAACCUUACGGUUUCCCCGACCGUCUGAUGCUUCCCAAGGGCAAGAAAGAGGGAAUGCCGCUCAAGUUAUUCGUAUGCGUGUCGCACUUCGAUGAGUCGAGAGCCUACCAUGUGGACUCCCCCGUUUGGGGUCCAAACAUGAUGGACGCUCGCCCAAUGGGAUAUCCAUUGGAUAGACCGGUGGUCCACACCUUCAACUUUACCAUGCCCAACUUUUACAUGAAGGAUGUCCUGGUAUUUCACAAGCAAGCCGAGGAAUUGAAUCUCACCGCGUAAAGCUCGUCAUACUGCCUUGCUCUGAUGUCAAAUAACAUUGCUGUAACAAUACAUCAUUAUUGUCUACUGAUACUUAUUUAACACGUGCGAUUGGGGACGUAUUCAUGUCUGCAAUCCCGCCAUGGAAAAAGAGAUGUACGGAUAAGAGAAAAAAAGCCUGUACCAACAUAGGAUUAUUUGGUGUUAUAGAAUAUAACGCAAAUAACAACCAGCAAGAUGAAUUGCACCUGCAAUAAAUUGUACGAAACAUCCUUUACCAUAUA